AUUGUUUGUCAUUAAUCAUGACUUGGCUGACUGUAGUGCUGAUGUUAUGUACUGUACACUACAGCAAAUGUAAUGAACACAGCGACAACAAGUAUGAUGAAUUCCUGUUUAAUGCUUUCCCUGAGUCCAUUUUAUCCUUUCCCAUCCACACCAAAGACAUUCAGCAACAAACCACUCAAGUUCCUGAUAAAAUGGAGUGUGUCUUUGCAUGUGUUGGGGUUCCUUGGUGUCAAUCGGUGAACUUUCAAACCACAACCCAGAAUAAUGGACUUCACGUAUGUGAGCUGUUGUCAACCGAUAAAAAUACUCAUCCGCAGAACAUGACAAUAAACGACACAUUUACUCAUCUCAGCAUCAAGACUCCUUGUGAACAACAGCCUUGUCUUAAUGGUGGCACCUGCAGCCUUCAGAACAACAGGCAGGAAUAUCGCUGUGAAUGUAAGACAGGAUUUGAUGGGAACAACUGCCAAAAUGAACCAAUUACAAGUUUCUCUGCUACUGGUACUGGACGAACUGGCACCAUCCAGUCAUACACUGUGUCAAGUACAGGGACGUACCUGAUACGUGCAGGAGGGGCACGUGGUGGUACUCAUUCAUACAACUAUGGUACCAAACCGGGAACGUACUAUGGUGGACGAGGUGCUACCAUGGAAGGCUUUUUUCAAUUAUCCUCUGGUACUGUACUAAAUAUUGUAGUCGGUCAUCGAGGAGGAAACUCAGUUGAAGUGAAAGGAGGGCAAGUAACAACAAAGACUGCAGCACAGCUUGGCUUGUCUGUUGAAGAUAACGCCGGUACUGGUGGUGGAGGAGGCAGUUUCGUGUAUACCASAAGCAACUCGCUUCUCAUUGCCGCUGGUGGCGGUGGAGGAGCAUCGGGAGGUUACAACGGUGUUGACGGUCAAGCAGGAACGAGCGGUACAGCCAGCGUGGGAUCGAGUACAUCAUACGCAGGAGGCAGUGGAGGUAGCCCGGGAGCGUGUAACUCUGGUGGAAAUUACAAUGGAGGGGUUGGUGCUGGUUGGAAUGGGGAGGGAUGUUUAAGAUCAGGCACUUCACACGGUGACCGAGGUGGAUCACGACUUCAAGGGUGGGUCGGAGGCCUUGCUGGGAAAAUGAAUAGUGGUAAUAACGGUGGACCCGCUCCUGGUGCAGUUGGAGGAUUCGGAGGAGGAGGGGGUGGGUCAGAAGAUAACGGAGCAUCUGGAGGCGGAGGAGGGUACUCAGGUGGAGGUAGUGGUAAAGCAUCGUACCAAGCCGGUGGGGGUGGGGGAUCGUAUUGUAGUGGUACCAGUUGUAAUGGUGUAACAGGAGGUAACCAAAUCGACAAUGGUUUCGUGACAAUCAAAAUUUCAACGUGAAACAAGUUAUGUAAUACAUCAAAAUGGUUAGUCAAAUACCUUAUCAUAGAAUUAUAUGAAGAAAAAAGCGAUUUUGUGCAUUUCAGAUCACAUUCUCAUUGAAGCAACAGAUCAUUUUAGAUAACUAUUCUUACAUCGUCUAACGUCUAUGAUAUUCUAUUUAGUGAAGGUUACUUUAGAUACUUGUGCCGAACGUGCCGAUCAAACAUGAUCAAAAACUGAAAAAAACUUUAGAUAUAUCUAUACGCAGGGGUGUGUAUACAUGAUAUAACCUACUACACGUGACCUUACACCACGUGAUUAUCAUUAUUAGAUAUCUAUGUACAGGGGUGUGUAUACAUGAUUUACCCUACUACACAUGACCUUACACCACGUGAUAAUCAUUUAUUAGAUAUCUAUGUACAGGGGUGUGUAUGCAUGAUUUACCCUACUACACAUGACCUUACACCACGUGAUAAUCAUUUAUUAGAUAUCUAUGUACAGGGGUGUAUACACAUGAUAUAUCCUACUACACGUGACCUUACACCACGUGAUUAUCAUUAUUUGAUACYUAUGUAMWGGGGUGUGUAUACAUGAUUUACCCUACUACACGUGACCUUACACCACGUGAUUAUCAUUAUUUGAUAUCUAUGUACAGGAGUGUGUAUACAUGAUUUACCCCACUACACGUGACCUUACACCACGUGAUUAUCAUUAUUUGAUACCUAUGUACAGGGGUGUGUAUACAUGAUAUAACCUACUACACGUGACCUUACACCACGUGAUUAUCAUUAUUUGAUAUCUAUGCACAGGGGUGUGUAUACAUGAUUUACCCCACUACACGAGGCCUUAUUCACACCACGUGAUAAUCAUUUAUUAGAUAUCUAUGUACAGGGGUGUAUACACAUGAUAUAUCCUACUACACGUGACCUUACUCACGCCACGUGAUUAUCAUUAUUAGAUAUCUAUGUACAUGGGUGUGUAUACAUGAUUUACCCUACUAAACGUGACCUUACUCACACUAUGUGAUUAUCAUUAUUAGAUAUCUAUGCACAGGGGUGUGUAUACAUGAUUUACCCCACUAAACGUGACCCUACUCACACCACGUGAUAAUCAUUUAUUAGAUAUCUAUGCACAGGAGUGUGUAUACGUGAUAUAACCUACUACACGUGACCCUACUCACACCACGUGAUAAUCAUUUAUUAGAUAUCUAUGUACAGGGGUGUGUAUACAUGAUAUACUCCACUAAACGUGACCUUAUUCACACUAGGUGAUUAUCAUUAUUAGAUAUCCAUGCACAGGUGUGCGUAUACAUGAUAUACCCUACUACACGUAACCUUAUUCACACCACGUGAUUAUCAUUAUUAGAUAUCUAUGCACAGGUGUGUGUAUACAUGAUAUACCCCACUAAAAGUGACCUUAUUCACACCAGGAUGUGAAUAUGUAAUCAUCGAAUAGCUCGAAGAAGUCUCCUAUCCAAACCUUUUUUAGUUUUCUAAUGAAAAAUCGAAGGGUCUGGGUACAAGAAUGCUGUUUUUCUAGCAACGCGCGUUGACCGAGACAAUAGUCGCAACAUGGCAAUUGUGACAAUACGCUAGCUUCAAUCAGAGUAUGUAACUAAGGUACCGAUAGAUUGAUGGCAGUCUAUUGCCCAAUUUCAUCGUUCGCGACUGUUGUCUUGUUCUCACGCGUGGCAACGAAAACAAUGGAAAUAGGACACGAAGAUUCCCUAGUUACCAGAUAAGUCCUACAAGUGAAAUCAUAUCAAUACUAUCCAAGACAUCCCGAUAAAAUUAUCACUACAAAGCAUACAUUUUUUCGGGAACAUUUGAAAACAAUGAUUGUGGGGGUGAGGAUCCAAAGCAAAAGCAAAUGUAGUCAUAAAAACAAAUAAAGAAUAUAGUCAUAAA